GAAGAGCAGUAGCAGAAGCCUUCACCGAGAGAUUGGCCGACUAUACGACAACGGCUGACAGGGGUUUUACCCUGUCGAAAAUGGUUCUUGCAGUUAAGUGGCAGGUAACAUCGGCACUAACCCUCCAGACAUCUGUCACGAACCUACUUUAACCUCGCUGAGCCCGACGCCAUAGCGAGUGCAGAUGACAUAGCGUUGGUGCAACGAUAGACCGCAAUAGCAUUCACUUCUAGCUUGUCUUUCCUGGCUGAUUCAUGGAAUGGGAUGCCUGUCUGUCGAGAUUUCCUUUCCUUUUGACCAAGGACACUGAAUGGAAUUGCUAAAGGGGGGCUAAUGGCGUAGCUGCCUAUGCUAAACUAGAUUAUGAAACACAUGUUUUCCUUCUCGACCCCUCACUUGGUGCAGGUUUGUAGACACGGCAUAAAGCCCGCUUUCGAAUGGUAGCUGGGCUGAUCUGUCAUUUUGCUGCUUUAUCCAUUUUCAUGCCAUUUCUGCCGCAUGCGAGUUUUAGAAGAUGGACCUGCUUUAUACAUUCUGUUUGAAAUCGGCGAACGAGUGGGCGGAUGUUCAAUGAUUUGAUACCUUUUCGUGAGAAUGUGACCGGGCGGUGAAGUGGGACUAUCCGAUUUUUCUGUGUUCACCGCGGGCCUCGAGUGUUCACCGGAGCAGCAACGAUGCCGCGGAGUUGUAGAAGGCUUCUGCACCUGGUGCUAUUCUGCCCAUUAUCUAAGGGUUUGCAGUCCCGUAUGCCAGCUGUGAAGGUGAAGUAUCUACUGCUGGUGUGGGUAGGGAUCCUGCUGGCAAGCUGGGUCCUCUACAUGCAGUACUCCUCCUACUCUGAGCUGUGCAGAGGACACGUCUGCCACAUGGUCAUCUGUGAUCACUACCGCAGGGGAAUCAUAGCCGGCUCAGCAUGUAAAGCUCUCUGUGAGGAGAGAACCCUCAGCCUGCAGAGAUGCCUGUCCAUGUCUCCAACACACCAGGUGUACACUGGGUUGUGGAAGGAGAAGGCGGUGGUCAUAAAGUGCGGCAUCGAGGAGUCAGCCAAUGGCGAGGGCAUCCCAGGCUCUGCCCUGCGGCCCGAGAGCAGCCUCUUCGACAAGCCGGCCCGAGGCACCUCCAUGGAUGAGUUCAGAGAGAUGCUGCACUCGUUCCUCAAGGAUAGUUUGGGAGAGCAGACAUCUCUUGGCACACUGGUGGCACGGGUGGUCACCCUGGCUGACGUCAACCAGGAUGGUAAGGUGUCCCUGGCUGAGGCCAAGUCAGUGUGGGCGCUGCUUCAGGUGCCUGAGUUGCUGGUGCUGCUGGCGUUAGCCGGCCGCGAGCAUACGCCACGCCUGCUCGGCUUCUGCGGUCACCUGUACGUGACGGAGCGCGUGGACCACAGCGCCCUCUGGCGGCUGGAGGUGCCCCCCACCCUGAGGCCUGUCGUGCCCGAGGCGGUCGGUGUGGCUCUCAACCGCUGGCUGGCCCCCGCCUGGCCCCGGCGGGCCCGCAUCAGCAUUGGGCUGCUGGAGUUUGUGGAGGACGCCUUCCACGGCGCCUACGGCAGCUUCCUCAUGUGCGACUCGGACCCGGCGCGCGUGGGCUACAGCAAGCAGUACGACUGCAAGAUGGCCGACCUGCGCGGUGUGGCCAGCGAGGCGGCCGUGCGUGGCUACCUGCGCGGCCGGCCGUGCCAAGCCAACGCCGACUGCACGUACGGCCACGACUGCACGGCCACCUGCGACCGGCUGGCACGCCAGUGCAACACGGAGGUGGUGCAGCCCAACCUGGCCAAGGUGUGCGCACUGCUGCAGGACUUCCUGCUGUUCGGCGCCCCGGCCGACCUCCACGCCGACCUGGACAAGCAGCUUCGCACGUGUGUCACCCUCAGCGGCCUGGCCAGCCAGAUGGAGGUGCACCACUCACUCGUGCUCAACAACCUCAAGACCCUGCUGUGGAAGAAGAUCUCCAACACCAAGUACUCCUGAUCGCAAAAGACUGGAGGACAAAGAAAGAACUUGGGAGACUGAAGGGGGGAAAGGCAAUAAAGAAAAGUGGUGCAGAGAUGGGAGUUGAAGUGAGAGAUAGAUAGAUGGAUAGAUAUACGAGAGAAAGAAUGGGGGCUUGGGCUGAAGAAAAAGCGAGUUGGUAAGAAAGAAAGAAACCUGUAAUAAAUAAACGAGAGAGAGAGAGUGUAUACUAGAGGAAAAGGAGCUGUGCUGGACCCGGACUGAACUGCAGAUGCUGUCUCGUACCCUUGUACAGACGCUGCUUAAUUCCCAACCCUGCCUUCCCACAUUCAUAAUCUCCUUGCCCUACAACUCAAACAGAGAACAAGAAAGACACCACUACGGGGCACAACUUGGGACACACAUCACAGUCCACACUAGAAGACAGUUUGUCAACACUUUAAGCCAGCAAUGGAAAAAGACCCCUGACUAUUGAAGAUGAUUGUUCUGUAUUUUAUGUUCUACACCUAGAUUCACUAUGCUGUUUUUGGUAGACAAAUGGCUAGUGCCCCACAGGGCCGUUUAGCCACUGCGAUGGAGAACAGAAUUUCACUAAAGUUCCAUAUGAACGAUAUACUGAACCAAUCACAGUCACCCAUAAUUACACUGUCCAGCACUUAAAAUUUCUCCAUUGUGGAAUGCCUCACAGUGUGUGUGUGUGUGUGUGUGUGUGUGCGUGUCUGUGUGCGUGCGUGCGUGUGUGCACGUUUGUGUUUCUUUUUGUGUGCAUGACAGAGAGAGAGAGAGAGAAACCCAGGAGUAUAGAUGAUACCUCUGUUACGGUCUUGUGCAGUGAUACUCAGGCACUUUAGUUCCUAAAUGUCUCUCCGUCCUCUAACAUCAUGAGUGACCCUUAACCUUGUAGGAUGCAUCUUUUGUGUGUGUGUGUGAUGCAUCUCGUGUGUGUAUGUACAAGACAGGUAUUUAUUGAGACUCAACUCAAGACUGGCAGCCCUUUCAGGGAACGCUGCUUAAUUCUGCCAGGAAGACUACCAGGUCUGCAGUUCUGUGUGCGCUUGUGGAACAGUCUAUAACCAGUGAUGGCUGUGGUUUUUAAAUGGUUCACUGGAAAAGGAGCCUGGAAUGUGUGUGUGUGUGUGUGUGUGAGAGAGAGGAGAUGUGGAAAUGAACACAUGUUUAGGUCAAGUGUGUACAUAUUUGAUGUAGCUGUCACUCUAGUUGCUGUGUGUGAGUGAGAGAGAGGCUGCUAGGUUCAUGCUGUAGUGCAUCAGUGCAGUACUGCACUUAGCAUUGUGUUGUAUGGUGUUUGUAUUCCACAGACCCAGGCAUUCAGACGUAAAAGGUACAUUAAGCAGAUGGUAUAUUGGUAUUCCUUUCAUUACUAAAAGAUUGAUUAAAAUUACUCUUAACUACAACGUUCAACUCAUUUUCUUACUUGUAAUAAAAAGUUGUUUUUGGGCUGAA